UGAAAGGCGGAAGUGGCAGUGCAGCUGUUGCGCACCGUUAGUUUAGUGAUAUGCCUGUACUGGAUUGUUAGAUUUUUUACCAGAUUUUAAGGUAGAUUUUAAAUGUUUUUAUGAACAGUUUGUUAACAGGGGAAGUUGUUUUGACUCUGUUUUGCAGCGGCGGUGGAAGUUUACUCGGAGACGGAAGAGGUUUUUGAGUGGCGAAUCAACGACGCUGUGGCUGUUAACGUCCGCAUGGAGAGUGAGGCAGUGAUGGAGGAGAGCCGAACACCGCUGGGGCCGCUGACUCCCUCGCAACAGAACAGCGAAAACGCAGCUUCUCUGGAUUUCUCCAAACUCACACCGUCUCAGUUCGGCAUCACCCCCAACAGCUUCACAGCUUUCCCCAAAGACAAAGAUAAAUCCCGAGUGUCUCAGCUGAAGGCGAGGAGGAGAUCCACGAUCGGCCUGAGAGGAUCCCCCGAAACCAACUCCCUUAUCUGCUUCAGAGCCAAGCAGGCCAUGAAGACGCCUCCUCGCACCCCUCAGCACUUGUUAGAGAGUCCGCUGUUUUCGGGCCGCGACUCCAUAAAACAGAAGAUGGCGGCUUUCCAGCAUCUGAUGGGGACGGAGGAGGAGGAAGGGAAGGAGGAAGAGGAGAGAGAGAGACCCAUCCAGUUUGAUGAUGAUGGCGGUUCUGAGGAGAGAGAGAACCGGCUCGCUCCUGUCACACCUCCUCUAUCGAAGAGACGCCGCAGGGGAACUCCUCACCGGAGCCUGUGGGAGGAGCAGAUCGAGGAGGAGCCGCUGUCCGAGCUCACACGCUCUCCGAAACGUCCGCCACAGAAGAACUCUUCCGAGUUUAAAAGCCCGGAGAGGCCACCGAGUCUGGGUUUGGGUCUGGACUCGCAGUCUCAGCUCAUGUCUUUCCCCAUGCUCUCGAAGCCCGAGUUGAUCAAAACAGGUGACCUCGAGAUCUCCUCCGUGUCCAAAAAGAAGCGUGUCCGUUUCGGUGCGCCCCUCUCCCCCGAGUUCUUUGAUAAAACUCUCCCCCCGAGUACCCCGCUUCAGAAAGGUGCCGCGCCCGCAUGCCCGCCAUCAUCCACGGGACGCAAACCGUCCCUCCUUAAAACACCGCAGAGCUUCGAGCCGCCUCUGCCUCAGCCUGAUUUCGGCAGCCCCGGGAAAAACGGAGCGUCUCCGGUACUAACCACACACCCCUACAGCGACGGGGGAGCGGACUGCGACGAGGUGUUUCUGCACAACCAGAAGAUCUCCUUCCCCAUCAUGGAUGAGGAGUACGAUAAUCCCCCAGAGGACACUAAAGAUCCAUCAAAUCACGACCCGCUCACCAAACACCCCGAAAUCACAAACUCCGCUUUUCAAGAGGACGAAAAAACCCUCGCUCCCGAGUGUCCAGCACUUCCUCCAGCAGCAGAACCAGAAGACCAGCGUCAGCCGCAGAAGAUCUCCGAGUCCUCUGCUGAAGCUCCUCGCUCUCGUGGGAGAAAGAGGAAGCAGCCAGUACCGAGCGAGACCACGGAGACCAGAAGGAGCUCUCGAUCCGCCGCCGAGUCCGCCAAGGGCAAGCUGAAGACCACAUCAGCGAAGAAGAGGUUCGGGACUAAAGAGGUGGACCGCUCGCUCUACGGCAAGAGAGACUACGCCUCCAAAAACCCGCUCCUCAGCCCCAUCAUCGAGUCCACAGCCUCCAGCCUGAGCAGCACCCCAACACAAGCACACACAGACACCAGCUCACCUGCCACAGAUGAGGAUCCUGACUCUCGUCCUGUUCCAGCUUUCAGCACUAAAGCAGCAUCACCUGGCACUACAGCCAACCUGGUGACCGCAGCCGCCCUGUGGCGGCGGCGCUUCCUGCGUCAAGCCAAAGACGACGACUCAGGCAGUAACCUGACCGACGACAGCGUGCGCUCUGACGUCCAAUCAGAAGCCGUCGUGGAGUCUUCCUUAAUGUCUGCCAAUAGACAAGUGAGCACGGGUCGAGCUGCCAGAGGAAGACGAAACUCAGCAGGCCGUCGCAGGAGGAGCGAGAAAACCGAGGUCCAUCAGUCAGAAACUAACAAAUCCAACCAGGAGGAGGAACCAGCAGGAGAACCGACCGCCACGGAGAAAUUAUACUCAGGAGCUCCAAAAAGAGGACGGAGGAGCGCUCCGACGAAACCCAGCUCCGUUUCCGAGGAAGAGGAACGGAUAGAAGAACGAAGAGAAGCGGAACUGACGUGUAGGGACACGGUGGAAUCUACAGGAAGUGAGAGAGAAGAUGUGGAAAUGAAGCAGAAUUUAGGACAGGAAGAAAUGGAGAAGGAGAAGGAGCCGAGACAGAAUUCAGGACUUCAUGAAGAAGUGGAGAAGAACGAUGAAGACUUGACUCCAGCUUCAGUCCCCUCAGAAACGCUGGAGUCGUGGCAGCAGCCUGACUUCUGCAUCGAGGACAUCCUGAAGCCCGUAGCCAAGAGUCGAGUCUCGGUGAGACGCAGCCUGAGACACCGCAGGAGCGUGGACGUCCUUGCUAAAGGUCUCGCCUGGGUGGAGCACACGUCCCCACAGACGAUCACUACGAACCGGAGGAGGACACGCGGCAGACUGAGUGCCGUCUCUCAGCCCCCUCCACUCCCUGAGCCACAGGAACCCCCGAGUGAGCGAGCGCUAACCGAAGAGCAGCUCUGAGCGCCUUUUCUUUUAACACAUGAGUUUUAAUUGGAUUUUAGCUCUGCUCUGUGGUUUAUAAGUUAUACUGAAGCUGUGUUUCUGCAGUUCCACAGUUUACUGCGUUAUUUUUAUUUUUUUUAAACUCAUUUGUAUUUCAGACUUGGAUUCUUCAGCAUGAUGAUGAUGAUGGAAUCUUCUGUAUAUCACUCAUUUCCAAUGUGUAUCUACGCAAGAUUUUCUUUUAAGAAGUUCCUGCAGAUCUCUUCUGUAUCAUAUCUACAGCAUCUAACAGAUUAAACACAAUUCU